GGAUGGACAUCUGCAUCCAGGGCACGCCUAUCACAAUGGGCAUCGUAGAUCGCCGAGCUUGAGACGGGAGUCUCCGCUGGUGCGUACGCCGAGCCCGCGGAAGCGGCACCAUCAGCACGAGAUCGGAUUCUCCGACACCGUGUCGAAUGUGGUGGAGAUCCAAAAGGAGGAACACAGACGUGGUAGGCAUCAUUUCGGCUAUGCGCACAGGCACAACCGAGGUUCCUGGUCGGCCUCAACCAGCCCCGCCCGUUCGCCGUCGCCCAAUCGUUUCGGUGUACAUAGUAGUGCCCAGCAUCGCAGUAGUAAAGACCGUUCCAAAAACCACCUUGUCCAUCAACCGUACGAUACGACGAUCCUCUGCGAACGGUCGCGUUCGCCCAGCCCGGCCCAGCUACUGCAAGAGCUGCGCGACCGGGACCAGGCCCGGCGGAAGUUCCGCAACGGAAUGGGUUCUUCAGGGUCUCACGUGCAGCAUAGCUAUCCUGUGCUGGUGACACGUCGUCAGGGUCAUGGACGUCGGCUACCGCCAACACCUUGCAAACCUUCGACAUUGCAGCUGAAGCAAACGAACAUCAACUUCCCCAAGUUGAAUGCAAGUCCUACACACACUGGUCAUUCGUCCCACAAUACGCCUCACAGCGUUCACUCGCUGCCUCAGUCGCGUGAGUUCCUCCGAGAGCCGCGAGAGCGCGACCGGGACCGAGAUCGUGAUCUCUACUACCGCGAGCGGGACCGCGAACGAGAUCGGGAGCGGUUCCGGAAUAGUCGCGAGCGGAGUCACGAAGACUACAGCGUCCGGUACGAAUUUCGCGAUCGGGAGCGGGAACUGUACGAGCGCGAGCGGGAGAUCGAGCGUGAGUUUGAGCGCGAGUACGAAAGAAUGGAACACUCGGUACCCUUAUCGUACGAGCAGGCACUAGCGAUGGGACGCACUGGAGGUCGCGUACUACCGUCGCCCAUCCUAAACGGCUACAAACCAAAGGGUGCGCUUCAUUCUAGACAUUCCGAUUCGGACGACGAAGACUGGUGCUAGCAUAGGGUGCGAAGGCGGCAGGGUGAACGCAAGCGUCGAGAACAGAUCUGGGUGUAAGGCCACGCUAACCCUGCCAGGCGUCUGCUGAGCGCCCUACCACAGAAUGCGUUUGUAGCUGUUUUGUAAAGGAGAAACCGACUUACCGAUGUCCUGUCGUCGAUAUUUUAAGGCAUCAGAUGAUCGAACACAGUAGUUGAGAGAGGCAUAGAACAGUAGCAAAUACUCUUACGAACGAUUCGUAAUCCCGGCUAGCAUGAAGUCCAGUAAGUAGUUUUUGUUCCCCAAAGUUCGUGUUCGCGUAACCAAGCCAGCUCGCAGAUCUUUUUUGAGGAACUUUCAAAACAUACCGGCACAAGGUGACCGUCCUAUCAAGGUGGACUUUUCAAGCGACCAGUUUAACGUUUAAAUCUCGGUGGAUUUUGUUCCGCCACGAAGAGAAAUCUGUUUCGGCAAUCCCGAAGAAAAUAGACCGACUAGCUUCAUCUGCAUUAUCCUCUCCCCACAAAACCGAAAUCGAAGUACGAUCCCAUUACUCGAGACAGCUGCUGGUGAGUUUAGGGAUUCACUAAUAAAUAUCGAGCAACCGAAAAAACAUUUAUAAAAAGACUGAAACACGGACAGUUGAAAAGAAAAUCGAGAGAGAGAGAUCGAGAGAGAGGCGUAAAUUCAUCGCAAGUUCGUCGAAAAAUCGUCUUGCGGUUUAGAUUUCGGUCGAUAGUACGCGCUAGUACGCGACAAUGCGCCUAGAAACCACUAGUUAGGAUGAAAUUAGCACACAGACACACAUGUACGGACACACACACACAUGCACACAGACCCAUACAGACACAUCAAUGCAGGGAAUUUUUAUGUAGUGAAAAGGCCAACACGCCAUAGAGUCCGUGGACAAGACAGGGAGCGUAGAACAUUACGUAGCGUAACCAACUAAAGAAAGGCACUAAAACACACCCACCUAGCAAAGUUUCGUUAACUCACACAACUGACCAGAAAGAGAAACCCCAUCAUAUCGCGCUCCUUGUGCUAGAGAAGCGACGUGUGUGUAGUCGUCGUCGUGUAGUGUAGCGGUGUUACGGUAACCUAGUAGCAUUUUCACACGUAUCAGCAACAAACCGAACGCAAACUUAAGAAAACAUCAUCGAAAGUGAAUCGUGGUCGAAUCGCAGGUUUUAGAUCCAGGCUGUAGAUAGUCUUAUACUGCAAGAGACACAGCAGGUGUGUAGCUUCUCCGCGGAGAAAGAGGAAUUUUUGGACCAGUGUUUGGCGCGUGACAGUACCAGCCAUAGUAGUAGACUGUAUCUAGUGAUAUACAGGGAUUGCACAAUUAGUAGGCCGCUUCAGGUUUUUUCUUUUCUUUUUCGAAUUGCGCCCCCGACACCUUACGUCACCUUGUGCCCGGUAGUUCCACGUUCCAGAUGUUUUUCACACCUUUCCACGGCAAAUGAAAGGUGGUUUGUUCUACUUUCGGCGCCUGAAAGUAUGCAAUCGAGGUACAUUGGCUUUUAAAGCGUUGUUGAAAGCGCUUCACUGUGCUCGACUGGUGUAAGUGACGUUAAUUUAUUGCAUAGCUUUAGGGGCAAAUCGUUGAAAGGGGUGCAAAAAAACACUACACUACUGCCGAAUUUCCCUUUGAAAACAAAAACAGAAACAAGCGCUUAGAUGUAAGUAGAUACAUUACGUGUUGGUCCAAGCCGCGCGAAGGCUAACCAGAUUAUCUGUAAUUGGGCACACAAAAGACGGAAACGCUUCUGGGAAAAUGGGAAGUAUGAAAGGACAGAGGAAGAUGUCGAGCUAACAUUGAUUAAAAACUAGCUUUAAAAACACUUAACACUACUCAACAGAAACUUCAGUAAUUUUUGUAAAGGCCUAGCAAAGGUGGGCCACAGAUUGGAACGUUCGUUCGCGAGUAGCAUCAGCUAAACAUUGUUGCCAAAGUUUGAUCUCUUUCCUUCAACCGUACCCAGAUUUUGCUGUACAUACAUCUAACGCUCCUCCGUGAGAGCAAAGCAGCAUUUUAUUGCCGAACGGUGCUGUACUGUAGGGAAAGCGCAAAGGUACGAUCGAUUGUUCAGUGUUUGUAACAGACCACAGCUAUACCGCGACUUCACCGGCGUAACAGCAUUCAUACAUUGUUAAACUGCCAUUUUUCCCCGUUCUUAUACUGUUUCUAAUUCGAGCAUUUUGAAACCGCAACCGGAAGCGAAACGAUUAUAGCGAUUUAAAGACAAAACACAAGACAUGAACAGUUGCCAAUAUUUAGAGCGCCAAACCCCUUAGCGACAAAACGCGUUUGGUGGUCCUUUGUACUAAUACACAACCUGUUCGCCUUUCUAUCGAGAAGUGUUUGCUAGGGUUUAGGGGAUAAUCGCUCCCGAAACACACACCCCAAUAAGCACAUACCAAUCUGCGUUCGUUUUCUUCUCCUUGCCUAGAGUUUUAUUCUCCGUUUUUUCUCCGUAGCGUUGUUGUAGAGUUUCGUUAAACGACUAAACAAAACCAUUAACAAAACCUGUUGACCUAUUAGUGAAGCAUAUAUAUAUAAAACUGAAUCUAACAAUGUUUAAUGUUUGCAUACAAUUCGAUAGGGGUUUUCGUUUCCUGGUACACUCUGACUAUAAGGUAAGAUGUAGCAAAGCAAAAUAUUACAAGAGAGAGAGAGAGAGAAAGCGAAAAAGUUUGGUGAAAAAAAUCCAGCCAAAGAUAAGUCGGUAGAUACACGUAACGCUCGAACUGUUGGCAACGCCUAACGCGUAACGCGGGAGAUCGUGAUUAUUACUAGACACACGCGCGUGUAUAUUAGUGACCGCAACCGGAUGAGGCACCAUAUCGAGCGACACGUUUCUUAUCGUUGUAUGUAAAGUGUUGUAUACUGCAUGUACAAGCAUCCCGUCAACAAAACAAAAACAGCUUCAUCUGUUGCAUAGAAUCGACCUCCGUCAUCAUGUAGCUCAUCGUGUAGUGUAAAAUCAGAAGUUAGCCAAUAUGUAAGGUACCGUUCGCAUCUCGAAGCGAAUCGUCUUGAUUGUCUUUAGAAAGCGAGCAAACAAACUAAUGACUACAUGAAGCAAAGAUUAUUACCACAUAGAAAACAGUGACUCCGGGCGAAGCAACAAAGAAAAAAAAACAAAUCCACUUACAAUAGUUGUCGUUAUCGAUCAAAUACCCACUAACGCAAAUAACAAUAGUUCCAUCUCGAAAGAGCACCGCGAGAAAAAAAAGACGUAAGAGAAAUAUCCCAUUCCAUCUUGCGAAAACUGAUUGAAAACCCCCCGUUUUCCCAGCAAAAAAAAAAGUGCGGACGAUUUAGACGACGGAGAAUGCAACUUUGAAUCCGAUGUUGUACAUACAUUUUUUCUGUGAUACAUCAACGUUUAAAUCGUAUAGAAAUGAAACCAAAACAAAAAAAAGAGGGAAGAACACAAGAGGAAACGCACCUAACACAGCCGAAGAAUCCACGAAUGACGUAAGUAGGACUCCUUUUCCCUUGUGUUGCGUGUAUAAACGUCAGGAGUCGGUGUACUGGUAACCGAGCGCCAAGAUGGUGUAUUUAGACGGGACAAGGGUGUUUAUGUAGAAUUUAUACAUAUAGUUAUUCCAGUGGAUAUUCUAAUCCUCACUCCUGAAGGAGAUCCCCUAAUCGCUACCAUGCCAUCAGUAUGUGUGUGUAUGUGUGCGAUGUGCACACUGCAUAUGUGUAUAGCGCUCACAACAAAUCAAGUCCCAAAGCUCCUCGAUUGUUAUCCGUAUCCGAGGCUAAGGCCCCCCGUCGCCUGGGUCUCCUAGUAUGUCCGAACCUGUCACAAGCGUGGUUUGUGAAUGAUACGCUUAGUGCGCUAGUACGCGUUUGUGUUUGUGAGGCGCUUUCUGGUCCAUGUGCUUGUCCGGCAGCUUAUUACUUAACCUCCGCGAGGCAUUGUUUGCUUUUGUCUGUAUCCGCAACGAACAAAAACCACGCAAGUGACACCAGUGUUUACCGUGCCCGAGAGCAUAAGAACCAAGCGUUUUCAAAUCCCCUUCGAUCCGUUUUUUCGAGUUUCCCGCAAAAACCGCAACAACAAAAAAAUACAUCCAUUAUCCUAGUAUGGCUACGGUUAGCGAGUUGUGCGUGCGCGCGUGGUGAUAGGCAUAGGACACAGAAUGGUACGAAAAAUACUAUGCAACAACCAAAUGUAACAAAAAACACGGUUAGUAAUAUGUUUGCGAAAAACUCACAUCCUUAUCUAUCUGCAGGCGGGUUUGCGUUGUACAGGAGCUAUGUUUGCUACAACGGCUACCAAACGCCACUAAACAAAACCAAACCAAAAGGGAAAUAAAUCAACCGAAUCCGAUAGUAUAAAAACUUAACAAAAGUAACAAA